CGCCUACUCUAUGUGUACGACAUAGGUAUGGUUCAAAUAAGGAAGGAAUUCGUGGAAAUCGUAUGAAUUUCAUAGGACUGGUUUACCUAGACGAUUACCGGCCAGGUAGCUAUAUACAUUGUACACAAGAAAUAACAAGAAGAAGAAUCUUGGAUUCAAAUCACGAUGGCGUCUGGGGAUAAUCUGCUGGUUACUGCUAUUGACUUCGGAACCACGUUUUCUGGAUACGCCUUUUCAUUCCGGCACGAUUAUGAUCUGAAUCGGUUAAACAUAUAUGCAAAUACGUCAUGGAUAGCUGGAGGAGCUGGUCUGGUUUCCUGGAAAACUCCGACAACUCUUCUCCUCAAUCCCGACCAGUCGUUCAACUCGUUUGGUUACCAGGCGGAAGAGGAAUACAUUGGUCUCCUGGAUAGCGAUGAUGACGAUAAAGAAAACUAUUACUACUUCAAAAGAUUCAAAAUGUUACUCAACGGAAAAUUGAAACUAGACAGACAUGUGACGAUACAAGACAUUGGAGGGAAGGAGAUGGCAGCUUUGGAUGUGUUCUCUCUCUCUAUCCGCUACCUCAAGGACAACUUAAUGAAGACAUUGAAGGAUAAAAACAUAGGCAUAUAUGAGAGUGAGAUUAGAUUUGUGCUAACCAUUCCAGCCAUCUGGAACGAACCAGCCAAGCAGUUCAUGAGGGAAGCAGCUGUCAAGGCGGGAAUAUUAUCGAGGAAUCUGGUUCUUGCCCUGGAGCCGGAAGCUGCGUCAUUGUAUUGUAAAACUAUUCCUAUCGACCGAAUGGACACCGGAAAUCCUGGAGAAACAUCCAUAAUUCCUUUUCGUGAGGGGAUGAGCUACAUGGUCUUAGAUAUAGGCGGAGGUACCGUCGACGUCACGGUGCACCAGGUGUUAGAGGAUGACACCUUAAGAGAGAUCUACAAAGCCAGUGGUGGUGCUUGGGGAGGAACGAGAGUCGACAAAUCCUUCCAAGACCUGCUGAAAAAUGUCCUCACUGAUGACUGCUUCGACACAUUCUGUCGGGAUAACCGCCUGGAUCUCUUAGAUUUGGAAAGAGAGUUUGAGCUUAGAAAAAGAACUGUAGUCGAUUCUGCAUGUAAACCUGUAGUACUCAAGGUACCUGUUGCGCUUCCUUCAACCUACGAGGAAAAGACCAAAAAGUCACGAGAAGAUGCAAUCAAGGAAUCAAUGCACAACGGGAAGAUCAAGUUUAAGAGAGACAAAAUGCACAUAGACCCUGAUUUGUUCUGUACGUGCUUUAGUGAAUGUACAGAGAGCAUUAAAACUCACGUAGAAGAAAUUUUAAGAAGGCCCGAAAUCGACGGUCAUCUCGAUGCCAUAAUAAUGGUUGGAGGGUUCUCAGAAUCUGGCGUGAUUGUACAAUCCGUUAGAAAUGCCUUUCCCGGAAUGCGCGUUAUCGUGCCGCAGGAUGCGGGGUUGGUAGUUGUGAAAGGCGCCGUUCUCUACGGACAUUGCCCAACAUCAAUUUCUUCCAGGGUCUGUAAAUUCUCGUAUGGAGUAGCUGUAAGGGCUGUCUUUAAGUCGGGUACCCAUCCUGAAGAUCAAAAAUCAGAAGUAAAUGGGACGGUAUACUGCAAUAAUGUUUUUGGAAAAUUCAUCGGAAUUGGUGAUGACGCGAAAAUAGGGCAACCCGUCAAACGAAGAUUUGGCAUCACCAAUCUGUCCGCGCCCGUUGUCGUAGACAUUUUUGCGUCCUCUGAACGCAAUCCGAUCAUGGUUACUGACGAAGGAUGCGUCAAGAUGGGAAGCGUCAUUGUAAGUCCACCGAAAACUGGCUGGAAAACAGAUUCGGAGAUUGAAGUUGACAUGGAUUUUAGUGGCACUGAAUUUACAGUGAGCGCCUGUGAUCCAAACGACAGAUCGACUUCCUUUACAACGACCUUCGAUUUCCUUGAAAUGAAUGAGAAAAAAGAUUAUUGAUAACUUAAACAUAAGUAUUUUUAAAAAGGACAAAGUACCAAUGGGUAUACUUAGCAAUAACACCGUGGACAUUUCUUCUUGAAUUAUUAAUGAAUCAGCAUUCCGGAAAUAAUAUACAAUUAUAGCCUUUUGGUAAGAUCCAUACGUAGUUUUAUUAACCCGAUAAAAGUGAUAACCGAUAGCUAAGUAAAACGGUUAAUCACCAAUAUUGUCAUUGAUUCAAAGAUGUUAGGCAAAGACAUGGCUCAUGCGAAGAAAUUGAUAAUCUAAUCUUAGAAUUAUGCAGCCAAUCUUUUUGAAGUGACUAACGAACUUGUAUCAAGAGUCUCUUGUACAAUUCUAGCUAAUUAGGCAGUACUUUGAGACACGAACUAUUAAAUGCAAGAUCCGCAGCUGCUUAUAAAACAUUAUAAUCAAAAUCCAUAUAUAUAAAGACCUGUCAAAGCAGUUUAGUUCCAAAGACCUAUAAUGGACAAUUAUACGGAACGUGCUGUAGCAAAACGAUCGGAGAAGGAACAUUACUUUUUAGUCUGCAAUACCGAUUUUGUGUAGACAGCUUUACUUACAAUAUAACGAUAUACUCAUUUCAAUAAAUUAUUACAAUGUAACUAUAUACUUAUUUCAAUAAAUUAUGCAAGUCGUAGUACAAAAUUUUAGUGGAUAUACAUUUUCCCUGUAGUAUUUAGAAAUACGUAUCUUUUAUCAAAGGGUUCCGAGAUUGAUAAAUUAUAUUUCCAAAAACCCUCUGGGUCUGAGACCGAUAUAAAUUGCAUUUCAAAAAUUUCAUAACAUGACCUAAAAAAAUAUGGUAGCUACUAAUAGGAAGGGGAAAUAUUCGCCGCAAUACAGAAGGAUGUCAAAUCUCAUCUAUUUAUGUCUGCAUUGUAGUUUUCUAGCUUGACGGUGUUAGACAUUCGGCUAACCUCGGCUGAUCCCGGUAACCUUCGUCAAUGUUUGAUGUAGGUACGAAAUCUGCCGAAAUGUAACGAGUGGUGUGUUGCCAUCGCAAUGAUGCUGGCGGGAAUUUAUUGGAAUUCGUUUUUACAUUACUUAUUUAUAUGUAUUAUAAAUAUAGUAUUUGUCCGUUCUUUCCAGCUGAAUUUAAUUUGUAGUUUUAUACUAUGCAUGAUGUCUGGUGUUGUGAAUAAUUAUUUGUUUGAUCAAUUAAAUAGGACAUAUUGAUUUCUUGUAUUAACAAUGUAAUGACAAUAUAAUGGGGUAACCUGUGCUACAUUUUGGGAUACAUGUUUAUAUAUAUAUAUAUAUAUAUAUAUAUAUAUAUUUCUAUAUUUUUAUUGUGUAUAUGUGUUGCAACAAAAUCAUUUGUAUUAUCCAUUUCGUUGUUUUCACUGUGAAAACAGAAUAAAAACCAUCAAAUACAUUCUUCCAAAGGUAUGUUCGCCAGCAUGUUCUCUUCUGUCAUUGACCAUGACGUCAUAAUUACAACAACAAAAAUCCAUAGACUAUGAAGGAUACAAAAUUUAACCGAAGUUUCUGGAUGUAGUUGCAGGAUAUAGUCGAGACACGUAAGAAGGGACAGAAUAACAGUUUUAUUUAAGGAUACAUUUGUCCUACCAACCAAACUUUUAUUUUGUGCAUCAUCCAAAGCCUAAGAUUUUACAGAACACAAUGUGACAAUGUAAUUUGUUUUUCUUAUUUUUCUUUCUUUUUUACUGAAAUUUUGAAGUAAUCUACAAUAAUAGAAUUGCAAUGAUGUGUAUUCACCAAAAAGUAUGUAUAUGAAUCCAUUCUUUGUGACCACAGACUUUAAUUUCUGCAAUUACUACCAGCUGUACCACAGCAGGUUCAAAAGUGUGAUGUGGAUAUUGCAUGUUUUGUCAUUUUAAAAUCAGAGACAAAGCUGUUUUAAGUCUUUAAAUAAUCUUUAUUUUCUAACAAUUCAAUUAAUUACACAUUAAAAUACAUUUUAUUUUUGAUCAUGUAGUAAAAUCAAGUCGCUAUCAAACUCUAAAAAUCUUUUAUUUUUGACAACAAAAUACAUAAAUUUAUUUAUACAUCUUUUACAAAAAUCCAAACCAAACCACUGUUUUCAAGUUAUCUGUAAGCGGCUGAUAAAAUGUUCACUACAGUUCUAAAAACCGAAAUUAACAUUUUUAUCAUAAGUAUAUGAGUUUUGAAGGUGAAUGGUGAUAUGUUAUCAGUAACAAUUAUGAAGAACUCUAUCU